AUGGGUGGUUUGAUCACAUUCCAGCAGAAGCCCGCCUUCAUCGUCAGCACGCCAUCCUACUCCGUCCUGACAGCGGCGCUCAUCCUCCUCGGGACCGCUACGGUUGCCCACCUCGAAGCGAUCCUUCUGAACCUCUCCAGGAUGACACCCUUCAUUCUCUGUGCCCGCAAGCAAGGCGCAACGGCCGCAGAAACGAUACUCAGAAGCUACUAUCCCGCCCCGAGACUGCGUGACGCAUGGAAGACGAGAAGCUGGAUGUUGCUUUCCGCCUAUUUCAUCUACUAUCCGAGUUAUGCGGUGCUUGGUCUGAAGUCGGCUCUUUUGUACGAGAGUGCAAGUUCGGAUGAUCCGUAUCUUCACGUCAACGACUGGGCGUGUUACACGCUUUUGGUGUUCUACAGCAUCGCGCAACUGUAUCUCCUCGUCGUUGUAGCAUACCUCUGGAAACGCCCGACUGGUCUGCGAUGGGAUCCAGUCUCGAUAGCAGACAUUUUGGUCCUUUUCCGGCACUGCAACUUUGUGAACAACUUCGAGGGUUCAUCGAUUGCGGAUAGGCAGUCUAUGAUUCAAGAGCUGGGGGACACUCGUCUGCACCUCGGCUACUGGAGGAGAGAAAACGGCGACUUCUGGCAUGGCUUCGGCACCGAUGCAUCUGGUAAGCCUUUUGAUCCCUUUUCUUCUUGUGCCAAGAUUUCCUUCGAUAUAUAG